GGCUUGGGAGAACGUUAUAUCUCUGCCCCACGGAUAAACAAUAUCCCACUUCCACAGCCGGCGGGACCCGCGUGUGCACAAACGUUCAACAACGCUCCGCAACUACCGGCAAAUGCUCAGCUGCGCGGAACGGUUCCCUGCCGGCUUGUAACAUCUACGCGUCUAGUACCACACGAUCAUGACGGGCACAGCGUUACACUCACAACUGCGACAAAUCGCCGAAGAGGAGCUGGGAGAAACGGAAGAGCUCAGACAGCAGGCCCUGGACGAUCUCACCAAGCUUCUGAACGACGAACCUGGACUCAACUGGAACGACGAACCUGCCUUCCUUCUCCGGUUUCUGCGGGUGCGAAAGUACAACACUGAGGCGGCAUUGAAGAGCAUCAAAAAGUACUACCGCACGAGGAGCAGCUGUGGGAAGAGUAAUUUGGAUCUCAGACCUUCAACUAUUGUUCCAGAGUGCAGAGAAAUAGCAGCUGUUUUACCUCACAGGGAUGCUCAAGGGCGGCAAAUUUUGCUGAUCAGAAGUGGCGUCUGGAAUCCCGCUGUGGUGCCCCAGAUUGACGUGCAUCGGGCCUUCCUCAUGUGUCUGAAGCACCUCGAGCGUAGCCCGUCAGGUCAGACGGCCGGCAUCGUUAUCAUCAUUGACUACGAAGGGUUCGGCAUCGAGCACGCUAUCAACUGCAAAUUGGGCCUUAUGAAAGACCUAACGGACUUCGCCCAGGAAAGCAUGCCGCUGCGUUUGCGGGCGGUGCACGUCAUACGAGAGUCGAGAGGCUUCGACUUUUGCUUCGCUCUCCUGCGUCCGUUCUUGAAGAGCAAAAUUAUCCAGAGGAUACACUUCCACGGGUACAAGAUGGAAGGGCUGCACGAACACGUUCCAGCCAGCAUUCUACCGGAAGCUUACGGCGGCCUGGUGUCUGACACAGUGUUCCAGAAGUUUUGGCUGCAACUGGACGCCGAUGAGCACUUUUUUGCACAAGAGAAUAAAUACGGCUACAAGAAUAUCGGCAGCUGCGAGACACCGUCGGAGCUCACGAACACGAUAGUAACGCACCUGUAAUGCGACGACGAAUGCUGUAAAGCGAAUCACCCAUCCUAUGCUGUCAGAGGACUAUAUAUUUGUACUGCCAGUAUUUUACAGCGAGUUGGAAAAUAUUAUACAUUGUCAACUGUACCAAUUUCUGGAAGAAACAACGUGAUCUCACCUACUUGCUUUGGAUUCAGAAAUAAACAGACCUGCAGAAGUG